CGGACGGCUCCGAUCCAUCCCGCCGCGCGCUUGCCCUACUAUAAAAGGGAGCACCACCUCCCACGCGCGCCGCAGCGGAGGCGGACGCGGAGGCGCUAGGGUUUUGCUGCUCCCACAGGUAAGGAGGCAUUGAAGGUUUGGUGAGGCAGCGAAGAUGGUUCUCAAGACAGAGCUGUGCCGUUUCAGCGGCGCCAAGAUUUACCCAGGGAAGGGUAUCAGAUUCAUCCGUGCAGACUCCCAGGUGUUCCUGUUUUCAAACUCGAAGUGCAAGCGCUACUUCCACAACCGUCUGAAGCCAGCCAAGCUUACAUGGACAGCCAUGUACAGAAAGCAGCACAAGAAGGAUAUUCACGCCGAGGCAGUCAAGAAGAGGCGCCGCACCACCAAGAAACCGUACUCCCGGUCUAUAGUUGGUGCUACCCUUGAAGUCAUCCAGAAGAAGAGAGCUGAGAAGCCAGAGGUUCGUGAUGCAGCAAGGGAAUCCGCUCUUCGUGAGAUCAAGGAGCGCAUCAAGAAGACAAAGGACGAGAAGAAAGCGAAGAAGGCAGAGGUGGCAAAAUCGCAGAAGGCUUCUGGUAAAGGCAAUGCUCCCAAGCCUGGGAAAGGCCCAAAGCUCGGUGGUGGUGGUGGGAAGCGGUAGAUGCUCCCAUUUCCAGAGCUGAUAUUAUCUUCUAGAUCAAAAAUCUAAUGUUAUUUAUCCAGACCCUUUUUUGGAAGAAAAUUUUGCACCAUCAGUUGUCCUGAGUACCAUACAAAUGGAGAACUUAGUUUGAAGCAUUUUUGGAGCCAUUUUUAUCAUUGUUCUAUCUGAAGUUGGUACUUUUGACAUGAUUCAAACCUGUACUAUGUGCAUGAUUUCAAACUUGUUUAGAUUGUGGAGACCUUUGAAAA